UCAUUUUCAUUUUUAUUUUUAUUUAUUGUUGGGAAGGUGGGAAGGAGGGGGGAUUUAUUUAUAAAAAGAAAGAAUGAUAAGUUUCUGGAAGAAUUUGGUCUAACAUGUUUUUCUUGGACAGUUUCCUUGGCAAUAACUGGAGUUACUGGACAAUAAUAAAGAUGGGCGUUGCCCAAAAAAUGGAUUAUACAUACUUCUCAUAUAGUUUUUCAGUGAAUAAAUGAAAUUAACGGUGGAAAUUAUAUAUGUCUGACAAGGAAAAAAGUUUAUCAUAGUGAAUAAAUAAAAGCUUCUAACACUUCUAAAUUUAAUUUUCAUUUACAUGUAAAAUUUUAAGUUUAAUAUCUUAAUUUCCAUAUGCACUUCUAGAAAUGACUUUCUUUUCUGAGACCAAAAAUAAAAAAGGAAAACAGUAGCUUAUGUAUUUGUUGGUUGGUUUUAUAUUUAUGAGAAACAGUAAGAUCAUAGAAAUUCAGAUCCCAUUAGGAAAAAUAUAUUGGAGGAAAAUAUCGGGGCCCCCAUGUGCACCAUUCAUUUUGCAAUUGAAGAAGAAGCAGUGUUCCAAGUGCACCAGUGCUGAUUACACUGUUCCUCAGCGACCGUUAGUUUCUGCAGUCUUCACUGUCCAGCACUUUUAAUGGUAGGGUCUUCAACUCCUCAUUUGAGGAACCAGAAUAAGGGAGGAAACAGUAGCUGUUUCCAAGUCUUUGGGGACUUUCAGCAACAAUCCAGGUUUUUCCGGGCACGGAGGUUUGCUCUCCUUCUCCAUUGAAGAAGCAUUAUAUUUGCUUGCAGGUGUACCAGCGUCAGAUGUCAAAGGAGGGUCUUCAGAAAGUUAUUCAACAGGAACAAAUAGAUUCUGAUAUCCAGGGAAACUUUCUCUCGGCAGAAGACCUGCGGGACCUGUUCACAUUUCAUGAUAGUGUGAGGUCUGAGAUUCAUGAAAAAAUGAGCUGCAACCGCUGCCAACCAGAUGCAGUGAUGCCAGAUGACAACCCAAUAGCUGAUUUCAACACUCAGGGUCUUCAGCCCGACCAAGAGGAUAUUGGGGGAUUUGCAGGUGUAGCUGGUUGUCUGCAUACAUUACGAAGCUCGGAGAAACAGAUUGGAGCUCCAAAGGAAGAGGACACAGCCAGUUGGGGUCAUCAUCUUUCCCCAAAAUCUGUGCCAGAUGUAAUUUUCCAGUCUGCAGCAGGAGACGAGGUUUCUUUUGUUUUCUCUUGCCAAGUGGAUGGGAAGCUUGUGCCUGUUGAAUCAACACUAAAACCAAAACAGGAGGUGGAAAAUAGAGAAUUGUCUCAUUUCAAAGAAAAACUUUGAAAAAGUGUAAUUUUUCAUCUCCACGACGAGCACCAUCAUUACCAACAUUGUCAUCAAGCAAGCAAUCCAGCGAGAAGGAAAAUUCAAUUCAGAAACUGAAUUUGAUAUCGCAAGCUCAAGCGCUGUCAACAUCAGCUCCUAAUGAAAUUUCUCUGAGUACAUUACCUGCAUUUUUCAAACCUUUGCAAAAGCCAAGCAAGUUAAAUAGACCUUUAGAGGAUACUAAAAUAAACUUGAAGAACAACUCUUUUGCGAGGAUAAUUUUCCCAGAAAGAGAUUAUCUCCCGAUUACAUAGAUGAUGAUGAUUUUGCCUAGAUUUUUGUUCCUUUGCAUUGUUUCCUUCAUAUGUUUCACUUUACCUGGCUACAAUUUAACAAUUUCCGGAGCUAUCAAACCAGUCCUAUAUGUUUCAAUUAUACCGGGUUCUCAGUAAUGAACCUAAGUAGCUUUUUGUAGAGGCAUUUGAUUGGUGAAAUAUUUACACUGAAGGCAUGGCAAAAAAUUUGAUGGUAUGGACCAUUCUUCUGGCUUCAAUUAAGGAACAUUCACAUUAGUUGAUUCU